UGUGCUGUCAAAUGGUUCGCACUUAAGUCGUAAGCAAAAUAAAUAAUGUAGAUAGAUGUUGGUGAAAUUAUUGUCGUCUUGGUAAAAUUUUGUAAGAGAACUAUCUGCCGUGAAUAGAUAUAAAAAAUGAAUAAGGAAAGAAGGAUUCUGGCAGCGCGAAAAAUGCUUAAAGAAUUUCAACGCGUUAAAAAAGAUCAAAUUGACAGGAUUCCAAAAGAACAGACUGAUCCAGAAAAACCGAACAGUGAUCAAAAUUCAUUGAUCGAAGAGUCGCCAAAUCAAAACAAUAUUCAACAAUUACAGCAGAACUUGGAAUCGAAUGAAAAUAAUGGAAUUAACGAUGUACGGCUGAGCAAUAUGAAUACAAUUUCUGACGUUACUAGUAAUGUAGAUUCUAUUAAUAAUGCUACGGUAUCUAACGAAGACAUAAGUAGUGAGAAUAUUUGUACAGAUCGAGAGUCUUUGAAUGAUUCCUUAAAAUCUCAAUCGUUCAAUAAUGGCGCGAUAAAUUAUAAUACCAACGAUAGUAGCAGUUGCCCAAUAUCUUCCCAAAUAAUUUAUAAAAAUAUUGACGAGAAUAAUGCCUUCCAAAAUCUAGCGCAAAAGCAAUACGAGCAUUCGAAUGUAGAUACAAAUAUACCGUGUAGUUCAUCGAGUUCGUCGCAAAAAGAACAUUUAUUACAAAUGGCAAAUGCGGUGGCAAAUAUUUUAGUCGACGAAACAAGCUUAGAAGACACAACGCUAUCUAAUUACGAUUUAGAGCAAAAAAAUCAGUUUUUAGCUUGUUGUUUAGAAGAACAGAAAAAGGUCGCAAACCAAUUACACGUUCAAGUUAGUCAGUAUACUAGUAGAAUAUCUGAGCUAGAAGCAAUUAUUCACAAUAAAGAUACAGAAUUUGAAGCUCGACUUAUUAGAGAAGUUAAUCCUUUAAAAGAACGAGUACAGCUGGAUGCUCAGACCAUAGGAAUUCUGGUAGCCGAAAAAGCUGAAUUAAUUGCUACAAAUUCCCAAUGUCAAUUAGCGAUCAAGCAAAAAACUGAGGAAACAAUCGAUGUGUCUGGAAAGCUUAAACUUUCUCAACAACAAGGAUUUGAAUUAGAAAGAGAUUUAUCAUCCGCUAAGAAUAGCCUAGAAAAUCUUACAAAAGCUUGUCAACAGUUACAAAUAAAUAACGAUGAGCUUCAUCAAAAAUUAAUGAAAUUAACUAAGGAAAACGAAGAUUUUGAACUAGAAAUAUCGGAAUUGCGACAAAAAUUCAACUACAAAAAUACCGAAUUCAAAAAUAUCCAACAAGAAUUGCAAGAAAAAUGUGCACUCUUAUCGUUAAGUGAACUUCGAAUCCAACAAAUAUCAAGCUCACCACAAGAAGCACACUUGCUCGAAACACAACACCAAGCAACAAGAGUACUCGAACAGCAAUUGUCUCAAAUGAAAGAAGCACUGGAAAGUUUAAGUAAAGAGAAGAACGAAGCGAGUAAAAAAUAUCAAAAUUAUGUUCAACAGUUGGAUGAACGACACACAAAACUCAUGACCGAGUUGGAAGCGUCAAAAAAAGUUAUUAUGGACUCUGAGAUACGCGAACAAAGUUACGUACAGAGAUUAUCCGAAUUAGAGCAGCAAUUACAAAAGGAAAAGGCAAAAUUAGAUAAACCAAAUGAAAUUCAAAAUGAAAAAAUUGAUACGUUAACAAAAAGUGUUGACAAUCUUGUUUUAGAACAAGAAAAUCUUCAAUCGUUGUUGAAUGAAAAAGACAAUGAAAUAGAAACGCUAAAAAAAGAUUUAAGGGAACUUCAAGAUAUUAAAGAGCAUAACGUCGAAGCAUCGAAAUUGGCCACAGCUUUACAAAGUGAACAACUUGGUGCUUCUCGAGCAGUAUCGCAAAAUCAGCUGUUGAAGACGCAGCUUGACGAAAUGAACGAUGCCUUUAUUGCCUUGAGCAACACGAAAUUAGAUUUGACCGAGCGAGUGCAAGCCGAGCGUACUAUUAGCAAAAAAUUGAAUGCCCAAUUAAAUGAUCUUGAAAAGCAGGUGGAAGAAUUAAAUGAGCAAUUAUCGAGGAAAGAGGAAGCACUAGUUGAAAUGAGAAAAGAGAAAUUACAAACGGCGCAGAUUGAAGACCAAAUUCAACAUUACCAAGCUCAAUCGCACAGUGCAACGACCUUACAACAAGAACUUCAAAAGGCUUUGAUUACAAUUGAGAAUUUAAAGAAAGAAAAUCAAGUCUUGCAUAGAAAAGUUGACGACUUUCAAGAUACAAAUGUCACGAACGUAGAAACUUAUCCCGAUAUCGGUAACGUAAAAAUUCAUGAUAACGUUAAUAUCUCGGAUUCGGAAGAAAAAUUACAGGCUAAAGACAGUGUCGACGAUGUUGUGAAAAUACAACCCCCGGUCGUAUUGCCCGAGGACAACGCGAUCGCAAGUAUACCAGAACCAGUAAAAAAAUUAGAGAUUAGAUUUAAAGAAACUAUGGAGAAAAUUGCCGAACUCACGGACGAGAAACAACGCCUUGAGCAUCUUGUUUUGCAAUUGCAAGGAGAGACAGAAACAAUAGGAGAGUAUGUAACUUUAUAUCAAAAACAGCGUUCUAUUCUUCAAGAAAAAGCCAAAGAGAAAGAAAAUACUUUUCGACAACUUCUGGAGCAACGAAAUGAACAACAACAGCAAUUGCACAAAUUGAAAGUACUUGUUUCCGAUUUAUUAAAAUCGGAGCAAUUGAAAUCAGUCGGAGCAGCUAAGCCUAUCGUGGAUGAGGAUAAUGCGUCUAUUUGCGAUAAUUCCGCUAAAAGUGAAUGUAAAGGUGCUAAAGCUAUGGAUGUGGUUGUAGAUAAAUUAGACGAUACGAGCCAUCAAACCGACAAAACGACUUCUCAGAUUUUAGAUCUUUUAACUGAAAUUAAAGACUGUAAUAAUACAUGUUUCUUAGAACCAAAUUUUCAUCCUUGUCCUUGGUGCUCUGGUAAACUAAUUACAAUUUAGCGGCUGUCAAAAUAUAAGUAUAAUUUGGAAAAUUUUAACAAAUUUGUUAUUUAAUGUUUCAUGUGAUUCUUGUACAAACUGCAAGAGCAUUGUAAUAAUUGUAUAUAGGUCCAAAAGUAUUUUCUGUUCUUUAUUAUUUGUAUUAUCACUUUGUUAUAUUAGCAUGGCUGUAAGUAUAUAACACUUAUACUUCGGUUCAUUAACCCCUGUAACUAAAAUAACGGCAGAAGUUUAUUAAGCAAAUAUUCUUGAUACAUGUAAUUAAAAAAUAUUUCAC